AUGGCGACGAGUAUUUUAAAGAACGGCAAACGAGCAAUUAACUAUCAGCUAAAUCCAGAAGCAACAGGUGAGAACAGUGAAGAAAGGAGUGGUUGUACUUGGGAACGGAUUGAAGAAGGCAGGUCCAAUAACAGUAACAGCUCCAAGAUAACAGGUCCAGUAUUGCCCUGCAAGCAUUUCCAGUUCCAGUUACACCAGGCUACAGUCUCCACCGAUGACGGACAAUCGAAGGUGUUGCCGCUUGUUGUUGUCAAAAACAAGGACCCAAAUCAACCAAUACUAAUGGGGAGGAAUUGGCUUCAGGAAAUCAAAUUGGAUUGGUCUCGGAUCAACGGGGGAGAAAGUUCCUCGCUGCUGGCAAUUGGUAAGACUGUUCCAAUUCAUAAUACGAUUAAAGAUCUGAGGGCCAAGUAUAAUGAUGUUUUUGAUGGCAAGUUUGGGGAGAUAAAAGAUGUAGAAGUUAAUUUGGUGUUAAAAGAAAAUGCAAGACCGGUAUUCUGUAAGCCACACAACGUCCCGUUUGCAUUAAGGCCUGCAGUAGAAGCAGAGCUCAAGAAAUUAGAAGAUAAUGGAAUAAUAAAACCUGUGACUCAGUCUGAGUGGGCCACGCCUUUGGUGGUGGUUCGAAAGGUUAAUGACAUUGUAGUCUCAGCCGAUGCAUCACAUUAUGGUCUAGGAGCUGUCUUAGCACUUGUGUUACCCAACGGGUCUGAAAGGCCUGUAGCAUUCGCAUCGCGGACAUUAGGCAAGAGUGAGAUUAAGUACGCACAAGUUGAAAAAGAAGCACUGGCUCUCAUUUUUGCUGUGCGCAAGUUCCAUAAUUUCUUAUAUGGGAGGAAAUUCACACUGGUGACUGACCAUAGAGCAUUAACAUUCUUGCUUGGUCCCACCAAGGCCAUACCCACUCUGGCAGCUGCUAGAAUUCAGAGGUGGGCAUUAAUUUUGGCGACAUACCAAUAUGAUUUGUUGUACAAAAAGGGUGCUGAUCAUGGAAACGCAGAUGCCCUCUCUAGGCUGCCAUGCAAAGGAGAAGAGGAGGAGGAGAUAGAAGGUGAAAUAAACUUUUUUGCCCACAGUCAGAAAUUUCCUAUAUCCUACAAGGAAAUCGGGGUUUCGACAAAGUAUGAUCCGAUUCUGUCGAAGGUCUUAGACCUUACUAGAAAUGGCUGGCCUGCGUAUACGAAUGAUAUACAGCUAAGACCGUAUUCCGAUAAAGCAUUGCAACUUUCUGUAGAAAAAGACUGCUUGCUGUGGGGCUCAAGAGUAAUAAUUCCCCGUGUUCAUCAAGAAGAAGUGCUACAAUUGUUACAAACGGAACACCCUGGCGAGUCGCGUAUGAAGGCAAUAUCUCGCAGCUUCGUUUGGUGGCCAAAACUUGAUGUUGAAAUUGAAGAGUUUGUGAAGAAGUGCAGUAUCUGUCAGAAGACUAGGAAAUCAAUGCCAGUGGUCCCGUUACAACCAUGGUCAUGGCCAAACCGCAACUGGCAAAGGCUACAUCUAGAUUUUGCCGCCUAUGAGGGGAAAGAUUUUCUCAUUCUCGUUGAUAGUAGAUCCAAAUGGCCCGAAAUCUUCCACAUGAAAUCUACAACUUCUGCUAAAGUAAUAGAAAAGCUAAGAACCUGUUUUGCAGCUUACGGCUUACCAAAUACUGUGGUAACAGAUGGAGGUACUCAGUUCACGUCUCAAGAGUUUAAUGACUUUCUGAAGUUCAAUGGCAUUCGGCAUCUGGUUUCACCACCAUAUCAUCCGGCUUCAAAUGGCCUUGCAGAAAGGAUGGUGCAGACAACCAAAGACGUCUUCCUGAAACAGCUUUUGGAGGAUUCAAAAACCACUUUAAACCGAACCCUACAACAUAGGCUAGACAGAUUUUUGUUCGCCUACAGGAACACGCCACACUCAACCACAGGCAUGACACCUGCCGAAAUGUUUCUCAAGACCACCCCACGUACACCAUUGAGUUUACUUAAGCCUCAUUUGUCUGACGAUAUGAAGAGAAAGCAAGAAGAGACGAAAACGAGAGCUGAUACCCGAAGAGGAAAACAGAGAUCUUUUAAUAAAGGAGAUAUGGUACUAGUCCGUACUGUGAGACAAGAGAAGAUAAACUGGCAGUCUGGUGUCAUUUUCAAGGUUGUCAGUCCAGUAACCUAUCUAGUUAAUGUGGAAGGUAAAACAAGAUUCAUACAUGCAGACCACCUUAAGUUGAAUCCAUCACAUGAAGAUGAAGAAGAACAAACGUUACCUAGACCAGAUGAAAACACAAGGACAGAAGAAAUUGCAGCACCGGCAAUUGAAUAUUCUCCUAGACAAACCCCAACAAAAAGCCCUAGUAAAUCCCGGACAAGACCAUCACUACCACAAAAUCAAGACUCUCAAGAAUCACCAGGAAUAAUCAAGUCUCCAGAAAGAGUAAACUUGAAGAGUCCAGACUCAUGUAUCAGACGUUCAAAACGAACAAUAAAACCGCCUGAUAAACUGAACCUGUAG